ACUGUGCGCCUCCUCCUGCCGGCCAUGGGGCUGCUGGGCACGGUGGUGGUGCGGGAUGAUGGAGCGGUGCUGCCCCGUGGCUUCUGGGCGGCGGUGCGUGUGUGGCUGGAGAAGCCGCAUGUGGCCAACAGGAGGCUGUGCGGAGCCGUCAUCGAGGCGGAGGGUGCUGUGCUGCUCGGGGAGGACGGAGAUGCGUCUCUCCAGCUCGGGAGCUGCGAGGAGUUGGGGGCUGCAGAGCUGGGCCGGCUCUGGAGGGAGGUGUGCGGGGAUCUGUUGCCUUUCCUCCCGGCCGGGCUAAGUCGGGAGCUCCGUGCUGUGCUGAGGGCUCUGCUGCCCCGGGUGCGGUCUGCAGGGCAUCCCACCCCAACUGUGAAGGAGCUGGUGGUGCAAGAUGUUUGCAGGGGAUCUGUGACCUUUCUGCCUUUGGAGGAAAACAGUGAAGGAAAAUACCAAAUUAAAAAGUGCAAUAUUUAUCAAAUUCAACUUACACACAUAAAAGAUGAGGAAUGGUCUGUAUCUGUUAUAGCUCCAUCUUCAGAAGAUUGGUUUUCAGAUGGAAUAACCUACCCCAAACUAUCAUGGCUUGGAGAUGUACUUUUGUCCAAACUGGCUAAGUGGUCUGUGGAGCAAAAGUGCAGCGAGUUCAGAAGUACGUUGUCACUCAUUCCCAUUGCAAAAUACAGCAAGCUUUAUCAAGACCUUAAAGAAAAAUACAAGGAGAUGGUAAAGGUAUGGCCUGAAGUGACAGAUCCUGAGAAGUUUGUUUAUGAGGAUGUUGCCAUUGCCACUUAUUUGCUGGUUCUCUGGGAAGAAGAAAGAAAGGAAAAAGGAUUGACCAAGAAGCAGUCGUUUGUAGAUCUUGGAUGUGGAAAUGGCCUACUUGUUCAUAUUCUUAGCAAUGAAGGGCAUGUAGGUCGAGGAAUUGAUGUGAGGAGGAGAAAAAUAUGGAACAUUUAUGGACCAGAAACUCAUUUAGAGGAGUCUUCUAUAGUGCCAGGUGACAGCCAUGUCUUUCCAGAUACUGACUGGCUUAUUGGAAACCAUUCAGAUGAAUUAACACCGUGGAUACCUGUAAUAGCUGCCAGGUCCUCCUAUUCGUGUAGGUACUUUGUGCUGCCAUGUUGCUUCUUUGAUUUCCACGGGAAAUACAGCCGAAGACAAAGCAAGAAGACUCAGUACAGAGAAUAUCUUGAUUUUGUUGCUGAAGUGGGAUGUGUAUGUGGUUUUCAUGUGGAAGAAGACUGCCUUAGAAUUCCAUCAACAAAAAGGGUGUGCCUUAUUGGAAAAAACAGGAUCUAUCCACCUACAGAACGUUCAUUGAUUGAUGAGCAGAUAACGCAGUUUAUUCAUAGUCGUCAGUCCUGUGCUGUGGUUGCACAUGACAGAGAAGAUGGACUUAAUCAUAACAGUCACUCUGAUGUGUGCAAAGGAGCAAGCUCAGAACUUCCUGAAAAUGUGAUGGAGACAGCUAGUGGAAUUUGGAUGCCUGGAUUUCAACCCAGAGAAAAAGCAGAACAAACUAGAAAUUGUGCUGCCCUCCCUCGGGAUUUUGUAGAUGGUGUUGUUCUGAAUGUGGCAAACUUGCUGUUAAAUGCAGUCCCUGCAAAAUCGUGUUCUAAUACUCAUGGUGGGAAUGAGAAUACCUGGAAUCAAGGAGAGAGCCUUACUUUGAAAGAAGUAGCAGAACAUUUAAAUAAGGAGACUUUAAAGAGGCUGAAAAGUGAAUAUGGAGGCCUGCAAACAUUGCUCAAGAACAAUCAUCAAGUAUUUGAAGUUCUAGAUGGGAGAGUUCAUAUUCGUGACUGGAGAAAAGAGAAACCAUCAAGGAAAACUAAGCCUGAAGUAAAACGAUGCCUUUCAGCUGAAGCAUUUAAAACACGUCUCUGUUGGUUUUUCAUUCAUCAUCCUGAUGGUUGUUCUUUGCCUUCUGAAUCUUGUCCAUAUGCUCAUGGGACUGAGGAGCUAAGACAGUCUGACACUAUUAAAAAGAAAAAACAUAUACGGUGAUGAAAAUGCUGCCUCUUACAUUGAAGCUUGUGUACAUAACUGUAUUUGACUGACUUUGGGACUCCUUAGUGCAUGAGGCCCUGCAAAAUUUGGAGGUUUUUCUUCUCGUUGCAAUAUAUUUUACUUUUCUAGUUAGUUUACAAGUUCUCCUCUACUUUAAUUCCUGUAAUAUUGGUAUGGAAAGGUUAUAGUAAAGUAUGUAUAUACUUCUGGAUCUUGCUUGCUUUUCUUAAAAACAUACCAUCCCUUCUUUCUUUCAUUCUGAUUGAAAAUGAUUAUUGAUUUGAUGAAGUUGCUUCUGUCAAAUUGUGAAGGCUAGAACUAGGAACUGAUUACAGACAGAGAAAUCUAGGGCUGAGUGAGUAAUGCAUCUGAGAAUUCUGUAACUACACGAGGAGUCUGAAAAACAAAGGAAGGAAACUACUGAAAACCAGGCUGAGGAGCAAUGAAAGAUGAAACUGGAAAAGUUUUUGGAACAGUUUCAAAGCGACUUUGUUUACUCCCUUGCCUUUCAGCUAACAGAUUGCAAAGAACUCUCUGAAGUGUCGUGUUCCCCUCCUCUCCUUUUACAUUUCUCUUCUGAUCCUGGAAAAAGAUAACUAACCUAAUAAUUGCAGUAGAUCAUGUGUCAUAUUAUCUAAUGUGCUGCACUGUACAGCUCCCUUGCCUUCCUCUAACAGGGGCCAUGGCUGACUGAGACUUUCCCAAAGGCUCUGCAGUGGCAUAUACAACAUCUUGUCUAUAAUGCUAAUCAGUGCUUUGUUACAAAGAUUACAGGGCAUAAGCAUUUUAAAAGAGAGAAACUUUAUACUUUGAGGGGUAUGUAGUUAAGUUGUAGGAAUAAGGGAAAGCGUAAUAGAAUAAGGCAUUUAAAGCACAGCUCUCUGGAGCAGGACAGCAUAGUAAGGUGAUGUGUAGUUACUGUUGUAACAGUAAAAUGGUCAGCUUAUGAAGGGCGUGAGUUAAGAAAAGACAUGGAGUUAUGUAUGUUACUUGCAUGUAAUCAAGUGUUGUUGCCUUAGCUAUUGCUUGGCUACAUGCAGAGUAAAAAGAGCUCUUCAAGAUGCUUAUUUACUAGUAUGUUUGGUGACUCCUCCAGGUGCAGAUUGUUUCCACAUGUUAAAACCAGAUACAAGACUUCAAAUUGUUUUCCAGUUAUUGCCAUCUUCCCUGAUGUUUCAUGCUGUGGUACAACGUGUUUGACUAAAAAUGUGAUUUCCUGAAUUAGAAUUCACUCACCCGUGCAGGCCUUAAGACAGAUGGAUUUGCAUUAAGUUGGGGUUCAGAAGCUGAAAAGGAUUGUUUUUAUUUCUUUCUUUCCAAUGAAGGGAGAAUGAAAUACACGCCUGGCUGACUGAAGUUAGACAUACUAAUAGUCUAGUCUUACUGUUUUAAAACUGUCUUUUGUUUGUGCUUUUCUAUGCUAACUAGCAUAUUAACGUAUUUGUAUAGCACACUAUUUUCUUUAGGUAGACUUUGUAUCCUAAACUCAGCAACAUAUAGAUCUGUCUCAAAUACCCAUUAGUAAAUUUAGCUUUAUUUGAAACCUCUCAUAGAGUGAAAACAGUUGAUGUUGUUGAUAGUCACAACACAGAGACAGAAGGGUUAGAUUACAGAUUGCAAUCAUAGGAAUGCUGGUAACUGGAAAUGUUGUAAAUGUAUCUGUAGAAGAGUUACAUUCUCAUACAAUCUACAGAUAAAUAUUCAGCAUAGGAAAAAAUCUGAUUGGUUCCUCUCUUAUACCUUAGUAAAGUGAUGAAUUUUAGGUUUUCAUCUGAAACUUAGCAAAUUAGAAGAUAUUACUUUUCCUUAUGGAAUACGUGUGUGUAUCUUCAGAAGUCUUCCCUGGCACAUUUUAAACCAGUUAAUUUUUCCAUGUUUGUAUCAUUUGCAUUGUCUGUUUAUGAAAUCACAGUUUAUUCUUCAGUUAUUAAUUAUUAGGUAGCCUUAAGCCUUUAGAGGAAGUCUUGCAGCUUGUCUGACAGCAAAUACAGGCCUGAAGGUAUGCUUUGUAAUAAAACUGUGCCAAGCCUUGGGGCUUGUUUAUUCAGAUGCAGAGUUUUAAAUGAUAAUUAAUACUUCAGUGAUCUUAAAAAUGUGAUUUUCUAAGCUGAAUUUUAACUAAUCUAGCAAUGUAAAAUAAGCAAGAGUCAGCAAUCAUCAGCUUUGCAAUGGCAAAUAUUUCAAAUGAUGAAGAAUAAAGUCUGAAACAAGGGCCAAGUGACAGCUACAUCAGAUAUUAGGGCAGGGGUUCACUGAAGUAUGUAAACAUCAGCUGUUGUCAGACAUUCACACCUGCUUGGUUAUGUCUUGUUACUGCUGGUAAUUUGUAUGACUGAAACAGCAUUUUCACACAAAUAUUGCAGUUAUUAGGAUAUUCUCCCAGAAUACAAUGCCAUCAUCUCAUUACAAGAGGUACCUUUCAUGAUCACCUUUGCUGACUGAUGUAUCAUGCUGCAUCUGUGAGAAGCAUCUUAAGAUUUUCCUUUAGGGUUUUGGUGUAUUUCCUCUUCUGAAGCAAUGGCUUCAUGACUGGGCUUUAAGAAUUGUCAUUCCUAUUGCCUGCUGUUAUUUGUACUUGCUGAGUCUGUGUAGUUCCUUCCUAUUAUCACUUCAUAUUUUUCAGGUAGAUGUACUUAACUGCUUCACUGCCCAAUUACUGUCUCAUAACUGCUUCUGUAAGUAGCUUCUAACAGGGUGCUGCUAAAAUUCUGCCAGAUUAAAUCAUUUUAGCAAUCCUAACCCAGUUCCAUUCUUCCCUUCCCAAUUUCAUUAUAACAGCUUUCAGCAACUCUGAAUAGGUGAGUAUAACUUCAAACUCCUUUGCAGCAUGAGUGUCAUGCCAAAUCUCUGUAACAGCAAAGAAGGGUGUUAAUAAUUCAGGGAUCACUGAAUCCAUCUGCAUUAGCCUCCCAACCAGCCACCCUGUGCUCCUUACAAAACUGCACAAGGACUCUGCAGCUACCUUCACUGGCCUUUGGUCCAUCGUGAAGCACAGGACAGGUACUGCUGCUGUUGUCUCUGUUUUACUGUAUAACAUUACAGGUUUCAUCAUUGUGGUCCUUUUAUUUUUUGUCACCUAUUAUAUUAAACCUUUUGAGAGGCUGUUACAGAGACUUUAUAUCCCAAUUAAACCUGUACGCAUCACCUAUUAGCAAUGGUCUGGUAAUGCUCUGAGCAUUAACGUUGACUCUUUUUGUCCAGUUUAGUCCAGCAGUUAUUCUUUCUUGCAUUUGUAAUCUCAGCAGAUAGGAAAUGCUUUCAGUGAGGGUCGUUUUCUGCUCUUUGAAGAACUUUAGUGACCUUUUGUCCCUUCUUUCAGUGUUGUUUGAGUGCAUUGGUUCUGAUCUUACUUUUAACAGUAGAAAAUAGAACAGAAAGGCUUUAUUAAUAACCUAUGGAAGUACCUAGAUGUGAUUCAUUGAAGUCAGAUGCUUUUGCGUAGGUGCUGUGCUGCUUUUCAGCAUGGCCAGCAGGUGGAGAAAGUGAAAAAGAAUGCUACAGUCAGCUCCUGCAGCAACUGCAAAUGCCCAGGCUCAAAAGAGUGAGAUUACUUCUUCCAGUGUCUGGGAAAGUAAAUGUUGUCAGGAGAUAUAAGUACCAGAUUACUUCAUUGUAUUGUAUUUUUCUCUUGAAAAUCUAACUCCAGCACAAUUCUCUCUAAGAUCUUUCUUCUGUUUAAUUGUCUAUGCAGAAUUGCAUGAGUAAAUUUUAGUACCUUACAAAUAAAUGGUGUUAUUUUCAUAAUUUGCAUGAUCAGAUGGAAGGCAGUUGAUUAUUUCAAAUAAAUUUUGCGAUCUGAAUUGCAAAUCGUUAUUAAAGAAACUAGAUAUGUAA